UCUCUUUUCAUUUUCUGUCUACACCUUAGUUGCGUUCAGACAGGACCCCUCAAAACAGGUCAGGAGUUUUGUUGCUCCAGAUUCCUGGGACGAACAAAGCCCACAGCCAAAGAAAGAUACGACAAGCAAAACAUUCAGGAUGGAAUAUGUGGAUCCAAAGCCUGGGGAUUUGAUCGAGAUCUUCCGACUGGGAUACGAACACUGGGCAGUCUAUGUGGGUUCAGGCUACGUCAUCCAUCUGACUUCAUCACAUGUCAACAACAAGCAUGACUCCAAAUAUCCUGUCCGGAGCCCAGAGGAGAUUGUCUCUAGGGCAGAGAUGCUGGUGGGCAAAAAAAUGGAAUACAACCUCUUCACGCAAAAUUGUGAGCAUUGUGCCACUUCCCUGCGCUACAACGUGACCCCUUGUGAUCAAGUAAGUGCGCUCUUUGUGGAUUUAGACAGGUUUCUUGUAGUCCCUGUCUCAGGAUGAUCAAAAUAGUGAAAAAUAACAUUGCCCCGUUUUCGUGAGUGAUGAGAAGGUCAUCUCACUAGGACAGUGGUUCUCAAUCUUCCCAAAGCCGCGACCCCUUUAAUAGAGUUGCUCAUAUUGUGGUGACCCCCAACCAUAAAAUUGGUGUCUCGGUUCCUAAGACCAUCGAAAA